CGAAAUCGAGAGUCAUCCAUGGUCUGAAUGCCACCGACAUCGGCAUAAAUAAAGAAAAACAAUAAAUAUGGGAUCAGAGAAGAAUAAAAAAAUAGAGGGGCAGUGUCGAGGUUGUUUGCUUCACUGUCAGAUAUCUUUGCCAACCUCUGCUCUUCCUAUGAAUCGCUUCAAAUCGAAGAAAUUUGUUUUAAGUGCGGUGGGGAAGGAAACAUUGUGAGAAGAACAACAAGAGAAUUCUCAUUCUUGAACCUCGAGAAAGAAGGCAGUUUUCUUCUCCCCUCUCCGAACCUGAUCAGAUCUAGGACUUUCGAAAUGGCGGAAUCCUUUCUAAGAUUUACAAUUCUGGUGCGCAAUGGACUUGCGCUUUGUUUUUAAUAAGAUUGCAGGGGUGAGGCGUUGGAGAUCUGGAAGCGGAGAUGGGCGAGAGCCAGCGAUUUCAGCUUGGCACGGUAGGUGCGUUAUCGCUAUCUGUGGUCUCUUCGGUGUCAAUUGUGAUCUGCAACAAGGCUCUUAUUAGUUCCCUCGGAUUUUCGUUCGCCACGACCUUGACAAGCUGGCACCUUUUGGUAACUUUUUGUUCUCUUCAUGUUGCACUGCGGAUGAAGUUGUUUGAACAUAAGCCUUUUGAUCCAAGGGCAGUAAUGGGAUUUGGAAUUCUGAAUGGAUGCUCCAUUGGUCUUCUGAAUUUAAGUCUUGGUUUCAACUCCGUUGGAUUCUACCAGAUGACAAAGCUAGCUAUCAUUCCUUGCACUGUUCUGUUAGAAACUUUCUUCUUCAGAAAGAAUUUUAGUCGAAGCAUCAAAUUCUCACUAGCUAUCCUUCUUUUUGGUGUUGGAAUUGCCACUGUGACAGAUUUGCAGCUAAAUAUUCUCGGAUCUAUCCUGUCACUCCUUGCAAUUUUUACAACAUGCAUCGCUCAAAUUAUGACUAACACAAUUCAGAAGAGGUUUAAAGUCUCAUCUACACAGCUCUUAUAUCAAUCUUGUCCUUAUCAGGCAAUAACUUUAUUUGUUAUUGGUCCUUUCCUCGAUGGACUUCUAACUAAACAGAAUGUUUUUGCAUUCCAGUAUACACCUCAAGUUAUGGUCUUUAUUGUGCUUUCUUGCUUAAUAUCCGUCUCGGUGAACUUCAGCACUUUUCUUGUGAUUGGAAAAACAUCCCCCGUCACAUAUCAAGUUUUGGGUCAUCUCAAAACAUGCUUAGUUCUAGCAUUUGGCUAUGUUUUACUACACGAUCCAUUUAGCUGGAGAAAUUUAUUGGGAAUUUUUGUAGCAGUAGUUGGAAUGGUCAUGUAUUCUUACUAUUGCACAGUUGAGAGCCAGCAAAAAGCUAAUGAAGUGAUUGUCCAGCUGUCACAGGCAAAGGAAAGCGAAGCUGAUCCUCUGAUUGGUGUUGAGAAUGGGACAACUUUGGCACCUGAUGUUCUCACUUCGAAAGUUCCAGUUUGGAGCUCAGACAAAGAUCUAAAUGCUUGAGUUUUUUUUUUCCACUUUUUUUCCAUUUGCUAAUGCAAAGUUCUUUGAAUGCAUAAACAAUUCUUUAGUUGGUUUCUUGAGAUGGAAUGUGGGACUCAUUCAUAUAAAUAAUCUUGUUUUGC